ACUUGGUCCAUCAUUUUCUCUAUUUAAUUUAUAUUUGUAAACAAAUAUUUUUUUCAAAUAUCUAAAUAACAAACAAAUGUAUUUUCAUAUUUUAAUGUUUUAUUUAUAAAAGUUGUCAUGGCAGAGAAAACUUUUGUUUGGACUCCAAAGCGUACACACAGAUUUUUAGAACUGCGGUUUCAAAAUGAUUGGCUGUUUAAAAAAAAGAAGCAGCCGUGGGCAGAAUUUAGGGAAAUAAUGCUGCAGGAUGGCUUCCCUGAAGAAAUGAGCGUUAAACACAUAAGAAAAAAGUGGGGCUAUACAUAUGAUAUGUAUAGAAUAGCUAAAAGAAAUAAAAAUAAAGUAUGGAAAUAUUACAAGAUCUUUGAUAAAAAUUUCUCUACAUCUAAGACGUUAGAUAAAUAUGAUUCAUGGAGUGAUGAAUGGCGUUUGAAACUGGUAACAUGUAUUAGUGAAACAAAGGGAUUGAAAUUGGAUUUCCAUACUAUGUGGCGUACCAUAGAAAAAGCAAUGAGAUGCCAGGAUUUACCUUUAGACUGUUGUAUACAGGACAUGAAAGGACUUUGGCAACACAUACGUGUGACAUUUAAUAGGAAACAUCGACAAAAACUGAAGAAGGGAGCGGAGUUCACGGAGUGGCCUUUGUAUGAUGUGAUGUUAGAAUACUUCAAGAAUUACGAAACCGACUAUCUGAUGAAUUUAGAAAAUGAGCCCGCAUACGUGUUCUUUUGCAGACAAAGGGACUCUAUGAAGUACCGGAAGAAACGAAAGGGCGCCAACACUGAUGACAAUGAUAAUGAAAAUGAAUUUCAUUGGUCUAAACACAUAACGGAAUCGUUUAUACAAAUUAGGCUGCAAAACGACUGGUUGUUCAGAGAGAGGAAAUGCGCGUGGAGUGAGCUCCUAAAAAUAAUGCUGAACGAGUACGGGUUCCCGGCGACUUUGACGUCGAGAGAAAUAUGUCGCAAAUGGGCGUCCAUGUUCUCAGAGUACCAAAAAGCGAGAGCCACAAAUAACAAGCUAUGGGUUUAUUAUAAUUUAUUCGAAUUGUAUUUGGGAGACGGAAAUUUAAGUCUGAAUCCGCUUUUGGGCUGGCAAGAAGAGUGGGUGUUUAAUUUGAUAAAUGCCAGAAUAGACUUGGAGAAAUCAUUUCAGAACUACUCGAAGCAUCCCGUCAGAGCGUGGAGAGAAGUUGAGAAACGGUUGAGGAGCAUGGGGCUGCCUGCAGACCACAGCGUCCUCGACCUGCCGGAGAUAUGGAAGCACUUACUCAAUACGUUCAAGUGGAAAAAAAAAUUCGCCGAAAAAGGUAUACUGAACGAGCAGUGGCCUUAUUACGACGCAAUGGCGCGCUUCGAUGAUAUCAGAGAGAAACGGCCAAUUAACAAGCACAAAGAAGAAAUACAUUCCGACGAGGGUGACCACAAUGUAGACGAUUACGAAGACGACAUUAAACUGUUCGAUUUGAAACGGAGGCUCGAAUUCAAGCCGAAGAAUGAGUUUGGGAACCAUUGCCGGGCCUGCCUCACCGAGGACGGCAGCGUCGACAUAUACGAACGGAAAGACGACAACGGAUUUGACUUGGCGUUCAAACUGAAGGCCGUUGGCGGGAUCGAGGUCGAAAGAACCGAUCAGCUACCGUCGCAAAUAUGUUACAAUUGCCUCCAGGAGUUGGAAAACGCCUUUAAGUUCAGAUUGAAGUGUAGAAGCACGGAUAAGCAGUUGAGGAUUACGGUCAUCAAGAAGGAAAUACUGCAGAACUCUGAGGAGUAUCGCGUCGACGACAACGAUGUGGGCGGGCGUGACGUCAGCGACUGUGACGACACCAAAGGCGACCUGGACGGCGGCGAGGCCAGCGUCGCCUUCGACGUGUUCCCCUCCAACCGGACGAAGACGAAAACCAUCCUGAAAAAAGAGAGGAAGAUGAUCAGGAAAAAGAAGAUUCGCAAAUUAAGAAAGACGUACGAUUACAGCAAGAUCUGCGAGAUAUGCGGGAAGCACACGAGGAACCUGGCCAGCCACCUCGACGCGCACAACGUCGGCAAGAAGUACUCGUGCGACGUAUGCGACAAGAAGUUCAAGUUCAAGAGCGGGCUCCUGAUACACCGCGCGGUCCACGACCCGACGCCGAAGAAGACUUGCGAGGUCUGCGGGAAGACGUUCCACAUACUGGCCCAGUACCGGAAGCACUUCGUGUACCACGCGAACGAGAGGAAGUUCGAGUGUCACACGUGCGGGAAGCGGUUCAACACGAACGACAUCCUGAAGGUGCACAGCCGGAUGCACACGGACGAGAGGCCGUUCAGCUGCCAGGAGUGCGGCAAGACGUUCCGGACGGCGGGCUGCGUGAGCCGCCACCGCCGGAUCGUGCACCGGAACGUCAAACAGAAACCUAAAUAAAUACUAUAAUCGAA